CGCCGUUUGAUCAAUAACUACAACAAACACUUCCCAUGUAUCACUGCUUCCUUGCUUCUAAACAUUACUUGCGCUUAAUGUGCAUCUAAGUGUUUUUGGAGAGAAACAGCAGAUGAUACAGUCAAAUUCUUAGUUUUGAUGCAACAUUGUAUAUUAUCUAUGUCUGAUGCGUUGUUAAGGAUAAAUAGCCUUGGAGAUCGGUGCGGUGUAUCUGAUUUUUUUUUCUUUGCGUGCAUUCAAACUGAUGAAGAUGAUUCAUUCAGACAAAAGGAAGUGGAUAAAUGAAUAAUGCACACUGUGAUUUCUUGGAGAAGUAGACCAGAAACACGCCGGUAUAUACGUUAUGAAAACCCCUGCAUCGUCCUGCUUGGAAACGCCAUUUGCUACGUCAUAUCCGGUUUGAUUUUAUUGGUUGUUGGAGUCAUCAUUACGUCACUUACAUUUCAAAAUUUGGAGCGGUAUGAAAACGAGAAAACAGAGAGAUAUGCCGGGCCUAUUCUGAUUGUAGUGGGAAUAUUAGUGCUAGCCCGUGGGGCUUUCUCCCAAAUCAAGGCUAAGAGAACUAACACACAGCAGAGUUUUGUCAUCAGGAGUUACACGGGGGAACUUCUGACUCGUCCGAUAAUGGAGUACAGCAGCAAUUCUCUGACUAUGUGCGGUGUCAGCAUUGCCGAGGCACAUGAAUACCCCAGAUUAUCCAUUUAUGAUGAUGAACCACCAGCUUACCAUACAGUGAUUGACAAUCAACGUCACGUGGUUCAAACACGUGACGAAUCUACCCAAUCACCAGAAGAUUAUACAGACCCGCCACCAACGUACGAGGAGUUUCUUCAGCAUGCAACAGACACAAACGAAACAUCAUCGGAGAGCAACAGUCUUCCAGAAAUCGCUGAGCACCGAAAAAGCAGUCAUUAAGUUUUGUCGAGAGACUGAGAACUCUAUGCAAGACAACAUCGUCACAGACUGCCAAUAUUUGUACACUUGUAUUUGUGUAUAUAUAUAUACAUCUAUAAUUAUUUGUACAACAGUAUACGAAAUUGUUUGUAUGCAUAUACAGUACAAUGAUUUAAACGUUUUAUAUAAGCUUACAUUUGAUGGUCGUACUUUGCAAAAUACUAGCAUUAAGCUGAAUUGUGUAAGAACAUCUUUGAUUAUCUACUGAAUCAAAUUCUUCACGUAACAAGAGGUUUUUUUUAAGUUUCCUAUUGAUCACAGAGUUUAAACGCUUACUUAUUAGAUGUUAGACCAAGAUAUACAUGUACAUAUUAAUGUACAAAUAUAGAUUUAUUAAGUUUAUUGUCAAGUCAGUGUCCAAUCAUCAAUUUGAUUUUUAAAUAAAAUGUUUUCAAGGUCUAUUUGUAAGAGAUUAUCGUAAAAUUCAAGUAAAAGUUGAAAUGUGCACAUGAUAUAUACACGCAUACUAUAAAUUACAACGAUUAGAAUCUUUAAUUUAAACUAAUCUUAAGUUUAUUUUUUUUUAAUUUUUGAUAGCUUUUGUUUUAGAUGUUUACAACUGUAUAAAGAUACGUCCUAAUCUUAGAACUCAAAAACUGUCUGGAUCACGUAACAUUGCUACCUAAAAUUUCAACUACCAUAAAAAUAACAUAUAGAUAUUCUUUAUGGUGAAAUUUUAAAAUGUGGGAACCGAAUUUAUAAAAAGAAACAUGUAUAUCCAUGAAAACAAACGUAACGUGGUCGUGCUGAGUUAUUAUCCAAAUUUUGACACUAUAACAUAUUGUAAAAUAAUACAUAGUACUUGUACUGAGCUAUGAAUCACUUCUGACACCAACAAUUAUCAUUGCAGGUACAUGUAUUGCAUUUAAAACCGUUCGAUUUUAAUGGCAAAUUGUGUUCCUCAUUUG